GGUAGCUGCGGCUCGGCGGUCAGCCGGAUCAAAGAUGGCUCAGAGCUGGCUGAACCCCAAGGAUACAGCUAAGAUAAUCUGCAUUGAAUAUCCAGCAGUUGUGAAGGAUGAAGAUAAAGCUAUUAAUUGUCUAGGUGGUAUAGACACCAUAAAUAAGGUAAUUGAAGAUCCAAGCAACAGGCGACUGGAGUUGCGCUUCCGUCCAGACGAUGUGUUCAGCAAGCCCACCUGCACAGAGCCCAAAGACAUGCAGGGUUUGCUGUUGAAGGUAAAACGCCGGAAAAAGAAGAACUCCGCAGAACCGCCCGUCUACAGUACGGAGCUACUCGGUGUCUGUACGAAGGUGUUUAAGUUCACAAACAUGUGUGACUUCCAGUUCCUGCCACUGGACCACCAGGGCCGCUCCAUGUACGACGACAUUGUGCCGAGCUCGUGCAUGGACACGGCCUAUCCGGACCGGCCGGCUGCCCUGUUCAUCCCGCCGGUGGCCUUCUCACGAGUGGAUACUCCGCAGAACUACUGCUACCGGCGACCACCUACCAACCGACUGCUGAACGGACCUCUGCCGGAGGGACGGAAGCGGCGACGGUUCGGCGCGCAGGCCGUCUCACAUCUGCAGGAGAAGAUGCCCAGCGAGCCACUGGUCGACCGGGCCAGCUUCGAGGCGCGCGUCCAGCUGCGCGGCCUGGCCUCCGACCUGGCAGAGCUGAAAAAGCUGUUCGAGGAGCGUCCGGUCAUGUCGCGGGCCUACAUCUACUACAAGAUGGGCGGCCUCAAGGACCGCUUCAAGUGUCUGCUGCCGCUGGUGGCCUACUACUUCAACACGGGCCCAUGGCGCAACAUGUGGGCGCGCCUGGGGUACGACCCGCGCACGGACCCGGCCGCGUGGCGGUACCAGAUCAUCGACUACCGCACUCGGAGCGCAGGUCAGUCGGCGCCCGGAACAGCGCGGGAUGGGCUGGGGAAG